UCUUGAGAGUACAACCACCCUAAAGCAGUAAAAAUAAAUGGAAGAAACCGGAAAGGAAACCAGCGUAGUAGCCGUGUCCGCAGACGCAGCACAAGACGCCAUUAACUUCUUCCUCUUAGUAAUUUAAAGGCGCGAGAGAGAGAGAGAAUGGGACUCUCGGCGAAGGGGAAGACCGGCGGCGAAGGUUGGGGAAUGGGUCUGCUCCUGGUUUUCUUUCCAUACGACGGCGAUUCCCCCAUUAAUGUUCAGAAGAAGAAGAAUUUCUUCUCUUCUUCUUCUGCUUCUUCAUCUUCGUCUUUCUUGAAAUCUGGUAACAGUGUUCUCAGAAGCAGCCAUUCAAGUGUACUCCUCUCGAAGGCGCAGUCCACAAUCUCCAUUUGCGCUCUCAUCGUCUUCGUUUCGCUCCUCUUGUUCACGCUCUGUACAUUCGAACCCACGAUUCCCCCCAAUCCGGGUUUCGAGGCUCACCCCGUCUCUUCCCGGAGAUGGUUAUCGGAAAAGCGCCAUUCGAUUUCGCACAAUUCUUCAGUUUCUUCCUCCAAUUGGGUUCACAGAGUUCUCUGGAGGAAGAACCAAUCCCCCAAGAAUGCGAGAUUUGUUGGUUUUCCGCAUCCAAUUGCGUUGCAGGGGAUGGGCGCUCUGUUCAGGCGAGGUACGAAAGCCAUGAACGAUCUCGUUGUCGGUCAUGUCACGGAAAAAGUUUCGGAAGAAGAGCUUCGCUUGUUCUUGAGACUAUUCCACCGGUCCGGUCUCCCUGCAAGAUCCGAUUUCGUUUUGAUCUUCGAUUCUGCGUCGUCUCUGCUUUCAUUUCACUCAGUUAUUCAAGAAGAGAACGAGUCGUUCUCGAGAUUGAUUGACCGGUACAGAGAAUUGUCGAACGAGACGACUGAGAAAUCGCUGCUGAGUUUCGAAAUAGGUCCGUUCUUGAAGGAUGGGAAGAACGAGAAAGAGCAGAAAGAGCCUCUGUGGGGGAAGAAGAGCUCUCGAGAGAGCAAUAAUCAUAGUAACUCAGACAGGGGUAAUGAACAGAGAACCGAGUUGGGUCAGCUGAGUUACGGCUCCGUGGUGGGUUUCGACUCGGCGGAGCUAGAGCCGGAGAACUCGCUCGCAGGAUUCUUCGACCACGUUCCAAUGAGUCUCCGUCGGUGGGCCUGUUAUCCGAUGCUGCUCGGCCGACUCCGUCGCAAUUUCAAGCACAUCAUGCUCGUCGACGUCAAGAAAUCGGUGGUGCUCCGCGACCCGCUCGGCCGAGUCAGGAGUCGGAGCCCAGAGUCGGUGUACCUGUGGACGAACGCAGAGGGUGGUAGCACUCCUAGUCGGCACGGCCGGAAGAACUCGGACAAGACUCGGUCGCAGAGGCUAAACUCGGCGGUGGUAAUGGGCGGCGUUCGAGGUGUGCGGCGAUUGUCGAGCGCUAUGCUGGUGGAAAUCGUUCGGGCGGCGACUCAGCACAAGAGCAAGCCUCCGGUGUCCGAGUCGACGGCGCUGAGUCAACUCGCCCAGAACGGGUUCAUGCUGAAGAACAUUAAUUUGGUGACGUCGGCGGCGCCAAUUCCGGACCCGAGUUCCCUCACCGACGCGAACUCAGCGGCGUCGCCGGCGGCGCCCCGGCAUGCGGUGGUUAUGCGCGGCGGGAGAAAUCACGAUCUUAAUUCCAUUAUUAUGAAAGAAAUCUGUUCACGUGAAUUAGAAUUUUCUGUUUAUAGAGAUUGCUCUAUACAGAGAGAUUAAUUAGAAUAAGUGAUUUCGUUAUUAUUAUUUUUUUGCCCAUACAAAAUUUAUCUUCUCAGAGUGUAUAGAAAUAGGAAUAGGAUUAUGAGGGGGAAAAAAAGAAUUUUUAAUUUUCAGUUUUUCUAGGUUUGUUAUUAGUUAAGAUUGUUUGUUUUUUUUUUUUUUAUUUGAGGAAGUUAAGAUAGUGUUUGGGCAGUUUGAAUUUGUACAAAUUUGAAUAAAAUUUAAUAUAAAUUUAUAUUAUAUUUUAUUUAAA